AUGGGUUGGUUAAAAACUGUUGAUGAUUAUUAUACUGGAGCAAAUCCUUCAAUAUUUAAUGUCGGUGUUCAAUAUAUAUUAAGUACUGUAGUAGCAGCUUUAAAUAAAAAUCCCUCUCGUCGGUUUUCUUAUGCAGAAACUGGGUUUUUAACUAUGUGGUUAGAAGAUAAAUAUUCGGAGGAAAUUGAAAAUAUGAGAAAAUUAAUUGUUGAAAAGGGUGGUUGGACACAGCCAGACGAGGCAUGUACUCACUAUUAUGAAUUAAUUGAUCAAUAUAGAAAUUGUGGAGUCCCAAAAGUUGCCUGGCAAAUAGAUCCUUUUGGGCAUAGUAGUGAACAUGGAAAUAUGUUAAUUAAUAUUGGUUAUGAAGCCCUUUUCUUUUCUCGAAUGCAUUAUUUGGAAUUAGAAAACAGAAUAAAAAAUAAAAGUUUGGAAAUGUUAUGGCAGACAGAUGAAAAUGGAGAUGCUACAAGGCCUUUAUUUACGAGUACCUUUUUUAAAGUUCCUCAAGGAUUUUGUUUUGACCCUACUUGUCCUUACCCAGAUUUUAUAAUAGACAAUCCAGAAUUGGAAGGAUACAAUAUUGACCAAAAAUUAAAUGAUUUUUUAAAUAUUGUUAAUGAACAAGUUAAAGUCCAAAGACAUAAUCAUGUUUUAAUUUCAAUGGGUGGGAAUUUUACAUAUUCAAAUGCUGAACUUUGGUUUAAUAAUCUCGAUAAAUUAAUUUUGGCUGGGAAUAAAAAAGUAAAUAUUUGA